GUAGUCUGGAGGCAGGAUCUGAUGGAUGCGGAGUGACAGAUCAGGGUUAGCCGCCAGGGGAGUCCAUUUUCCUCCACAUUCCUUCCCGAGACACCCAGCUCACCUCGGUGCUCCACCGAGCGGACAGGGAGAGCCAGCCAGAGCCGCGCCUCUCUUCUCUCUCAGCUCGCAACUGUGUAACAAACACACAGCAGGACACAGCAGCAGCGCCUCACAGCCUGUGAGUCUCAGCCAGACCCAACCACAGCCAGUGCAGCCUAUUCGGCUCAAAAAGGAAAGUCCGGUGAUCUGCUGUUUAUGGAGAUGAGAUGCAUGUGACCAUGUUGUCGCUGUAAAAUGAGUUUGCUAGCGGCAUGUGGUUCCGUGGGGACCUMGCAGGGAUAUCUCGUUCGGUAAGGCAUGGCACUUUCUAKUUGACAAAAUACAUCUCACAGGAGGAGGUGGCGGCUGACUUGUACAGAACAACAGCACGGCGGAGGCCAAACACAGUGCGCUGAAUUUGGAUAUGAGCCAAAAGUUUGCAAACCCUAUAAGAUGUUUGGGAUAUACGUUGAGGGUUUAAGUUUAGUGUAAUUUUUGUUAUUAUGGGUGUAGACUGAACGGGAGUUUAUUCUCUUCACUGAGAUAAGGAUGGCUUUCUGAGGAGGAUAUAUCUGUCUGCGCUAUGAUCUGGACCAUGCGGACUCUGAUGCUGAGGACUCUGUGUGUGUUGUUGGGGAAUGCACAUGUCUUAUCUCUCAGAAAUAAUGGCGACAUACGAACUAGAGAAACAGCGGGGGGUUAUUAUGGGCUUAACGCCACAGCAACACACAGGACCGCUCACACAGCCAUCAGAGAGCGUCCCCAAAACAKAGUCUACGACAGCACUCGCUCCGGGGGACACGCUACAGGUACGUCCUACUCCAAACAGACUCUUCAAACAUGGAUGGAACAUUUUCAUUCUACUUCUGUGAGAAGGAUGCGCGUAAUUCAGGAUGAAACCAAGCAUAGACAUGUAGGAUUAAAACAACACCACUCCAACAGAACACUGACACUGGGGGAUUACUCCGUGACCCCGCACAGGGACCUGGUGCGCCGCCACAAGAGGAGAAAGUUGAAUAGUGAGAUCGGCGCGGCCGCUGCCAUGGSGAUGGCAGGUGGAUACAAUACCACUAAGCCCCCAGCAAUGGGCCAGCAACGCGGGGGACUACUGGACAGCGACAGACGCAAGAGAGGCACAAAAGACGAGCAGAAGAAGGCGUUUAAGAGGGAGAGGAGGAGAAAAUUGUUGAACAAAAGCUCAAUGGCUUUAUCUCAGGCGCAGAGCGCAGUGGACGGGCUGGGCCCCCCUCUCUCUCCAUGGGAGCCAAUACCCAAGCCCCUAGCUCUCACCUCUACCGACKUACCCCUCGACCUCUUCACCAGGGGAAACGAGAUGUUUACUUACCGCGAGGAAAACCCGUGGGAUGCCACUCCAAUGACCCCUCCCAACACAGCAGAUUUUGGAAGCGAAAUCAAAAACCCAUUUUACCCUGUGACAAGUGAAACCUUUGGCGCGUACGCUAUCACGGGCGUUUCUGCCGUCAUUUUCCUCGCUGGGAUAGCAGGGAACAUAGCCAUACUGUGCAUCGUGUGUCAGAACUACUAUAUGAAGAGUAUCUCCAACUCUCUCAUAGCUAACCUGGCCAUCUGGGAUUUUGUAGUCGUCUUCUUUUGUCUGCCCCUCGUCAUUUUCCAUGAGUUGACUAAGUCCUGGCUACUGGGAGAAUUCACCUGUAAAAUCGUGCCAUAUCUGGAGGUGGCAUCUCUAGGUGUGACCACGUUCACCCUGUGCGCCCUGUGCAUUGACCGGUUCCGCGCAGCCACCAAUGUCCAGAUGUAUUACGAGAUGAUCGAGAACUGCACCUCCACCACAGCCAAGCUCGCCGUCAUCUGGAUCGGAGCUCUCCUGUUGGCUCUCCCUGAGCUCCUGAUCCGCCAGCUGGUCACCGAGGACCCCGCCCUCCCAGAUGACCCCCCAACGGAGCGCUGUGUGGUGCGCAUCUCGACAUCGCUCCCAGAUACGCUCUACGUCCUGGGUCUCACCUACGAGGGCGCGCGYCUCUGGUGGUGCUUCGGCUGUUACUUCUGCCUCCCUACGCUCUUCACCAUCGGCUGUUCCCUCGUCACCGCCCGCAAGAUCCGCCGCGCCGAGCAGGCCUCCGUCCGCGGCAACAAGAAGCAGAUACGCCUAGAAAGUCAGAUGAACUGCACCGUCGUGGCGCUCGCCAUAGUCUACGGCGCCUGCGUGGUCCCGGAGAACAUCUGUAACAUCGUAUCGGCAUACAUGGCGGCGGGCGUGCCGGAGCGGACCAUGGCGGUCUUACACCUCCUGUCACAGCUGUUGUUGUUCUGCCGGGCGGCUGUGACGCCUGUGUUGCUCCUGUUGUUAUGUCGUCCACUAGGCAGGGCCUUCCUGGACUGUUGUUGUUGCUGCUGCUGUAACCAUGCCCACUCCUCAGGCACGGCUAGUGAUGAUAAUGAACAUGAGUGUACCACAGAGCUGGAGCUGUCYCCCUUCAGCACCAUACGCAGAGAGCUCAGCAACUACACUCCCGCAGGGUCCAACUGUUAAAACCACACAGCUACUGUUAAAGGUCCAGUGCAGUCAAAAACGUGAUUUUCCUAUGUUUUAUAUUCAGUGUAUAUUUCCACACUAUGAGGUUGGU